CACACAGAAUGAAUGAAAAAAUAAAGUAGGGAUUUUAUUACUCUUAAAAAAUCAAUGCGGAUGACAUGAUUCAACAUCUUUCCUAACAACACCCUCACACUUUACACUGUUUCUUAAGUUUAGGUAUUUGUGAGCCGAGCCGAGGGCGGCCACAGGCUUAACCACGAGGUGUAUAUAUUUGGCGUCGAGUUUUGAACUUGAAACCUCUAGGAAAACAGUUGAACUUGAAUAAGAAAGUGGAUGUUGAUAACCGAUUAACGAUCAAUGGGUGAAAAAGAGGCAAAUAAUUCAAGAAAGAGCAUCCAAAUACUCGAGAUAAAUGAGCAUCCACACAUUAAUCUUCCAGCACUUCGUGGGCUGUUUACAAACGGUUUAAGAUCGAUGUGUGAAAAAGAUACAAGUAAAUCAAGGAAGAACGCCCAAACGCUUGAGUUGAAUGAACGUCCACGCAUUAAUCUUCCUGCAAUUCGUGGCUUCUUGUCCCAUUUUCCUGGAAAAUUGCAGAGGCAUCUAAAGUCAAGGUUCAAGAGGCCAACAGAAAAGGGGGGAGCAAACCGAGAGAUGUUCAAACUAAACGAUCCAAAGUUCAAUCUUGAUAUGCAAAUGCAAGCUUGGAAAAAAAAUCCCGUGUGGGAAGAUGGUCAAACUUCUGCCAUUGAGGUCAUUGUACCUAAAGGGUCUUUAUGCCAACUAAAUGUAACGACGAAUGUGGGGCUGCCCCCAGAUGCAAUAUACAACAUUGUCACUGAUCCAGACAAUAGGAGGGUCUUCAAGAAUAUUCAGGAAGUAACAUCCAGAAAGGUUUUGCUUGAUGAAGGUUCAAGGCAGGUCGUUGAUUUAGAGCAAGCUGCUAUAUGGAGGUUUCUUUGGUGGUCAGGAACCAUCUCGGUUCAUGUACUUGUAGAUCAAAACAGAGAAGAUUACUCUAUGAAAUUUAAGCAAGUUAAACCAGGAUUUAUGAAGAGAUUUGAAGGUUGUUGGAAAGUUGAGCCCAUAAUACUUGAUGAAAAACUAUGCCAUCCCUUCAAACCAAAAACUUUAUCAGAAUACAUGUCACGAACUCAAGGUAAUGGAAGGAUUGGAUCAAGAGUGACCUUGCAGCAACUUGUGGAACCUGCUAUUGUUCCUCCCCCACCCAUCUCCUGGUAUCUUAGAGGGAUAACCGCAAGAACUGUAGAAAUGCUCAUAAACGAUUUGCUAGUAGAAGCUGAUCGAGUUAAAGGCCUCUCAGCCGCUGAUCAUAUCACCGAAAACCCAAAUCUUCAUCAACAAAUAUAUGACAUCAAAGAAAGAUGGGCCUUGAGACGACGAAAUGCACGCCGAAAAAUGUAGAGAAAAUUGCUAUGAAGUCAUUGAGCUACUAAUUCGUAAGUAUUCCCCACUUGUAGCCUGUUAUCUAUUAAUGUUAGUAUCUGCAUAUGCUACCUAUUGGCUAUUGUUAAUGCUCCUUGCAUUGCUUCCUGAGUUCUUUAGUAUAUAUUGACUUGUAUGACUUGUACUAAUUAAUCGUGUGAUCCAAAUAACUUAUACAAAAUGAGGCUAGUUUUUUUAUGCGCUAA